AUAAUGGUGCGACAUACACUCGCCGCAACUUCUACUAAAGUUCAUGGUCAUAUCAUUAUCAAGGGCCGCAGAGUAAGGAUUGCCAUCGCAUCUCUCUCAUAAAAUAUCUGGAUGCUGUAUAUCUGAAUGCCCAGUUUCCAACGAAUCGAAUUACCGAAACUCCGCUGGAAAUCAUUGUGUGUAACUGCAAGAUUCGUUAUUUCAGAAUCAGAGGGAAACUAGUUCUGACGUAUUUUACCAAGCCUGGGGAAAAUAAGAUCAUCGAUUUGUCUGCACUCCACCAAGAUCUUUAGAUCUUGCAUAAAGGAAUCGGUUUCAAGAUGGCGUGUAACAUCAAUAAAGACUUCCUGCACAUCAAGCUGAUUUACUUCACGUAUCUGGGAGCCUUUGCCUGUAUGCUCCCGUACAUCUCUGUGUAUCUCAUCCACAUUGGUCUUUCCGUUUGGCAAGUGGGAAUCAUUCGUUCCUUGGAACCUGUUCUAACCUUCUUCUUUAGUCCACUUUGGGGAGGAGUAGCAGAUAGAUACAGCAAGCAUAGACUAGCCACAAGUAUAGCCAUAAUCGGGGCUGCUGUAGCAUACUUCAUCUUCAUUUUUGUACCUCUGAUGACCGGGGUGUCCCCGGACUCCUUACUGCAGGACGCGGCCGAGAACUGCUCUGCUGAUACAACAGGGUGGAACAUCUCCAAUGACCAUGAUGGCAUGUGCGAUGAUGCUGUCAUUGUAGACGGACAAGGGGUGGGAUAUGAUGAAAGUAAGAUUGAUGUACUGAUGGGUUGUAUAGAAAUGUGUGCAGGUAUGCCAUCCAGUAACCAUGGAAACCACGCAGGUAUGAUUGGUUAUUGUUUGAGACGUGAUGACGGAUGGGACUGUAGCCCGUGUCCUGGAACUGAGAAUCGCCACACUGAGGACAUCCCAGAAGACAGUAUGACAUUGUACGGAAUAUCAUGCGCGUCAUCACCAACGGUCGACUUGGUUACUACAGGAUCAGGAAACAAGACUGUACUCCUUCCUUCUUCUGUUCGACAUACUGAAAACAAUGUUAGUGUGUGCCAGCGAUCUGCCUGUUGCCAAUGUGUGACAAAGAGAAUUCCAACACCUCGUCAGGGGGUGACCUUUGCUAUAUGCACAGUCUUUGCGAUUUUGGGAGUGGUAUUCAACUGCAACAUCCUUAUGUUCUUUGAUUCUCUCACCAUGGAACUCAUCAAGGGAAAGAAAGCAGACUACGGCAAGAAUCGAGUAUGGGGAGCUAUAAGCUGGGGGCUCUUUGCCUUUUUGAGCGGGGCGGCCAUCGAUCUGUACACAGACCUGGUCAAGGCGAAGACGGAUCGUUUGGAACCAGCAUUUAUUAUGUAUCUCUUCGGAAUGUUAGCCUGCCUCGCCAUAUUUCUUCAUAUGAAACUUCCAAAUCACAAAAAGCCCGAGGCUAUGAAGAAAAAUUUGAAGACAGUAUUGUGCGAUUGGGAGGUAAUCCUGUUCCUCAUCGUGGUCGUUGUGACCGGUAUCUCCUUCAUUUUAAGUUUCACCUAUGUGUUCAUCUUCAUGAAAGAACUGGGCAGUCCCUACUUGCUUCUUGGUCUGGCUGUCACCUUAACCGCCAUCGCUGAAAUCCCUUUCAUGUAUUUCUCAGGAGCUAUAAUCAAGCGUGUUGGUUACGCAGGUGUGAUGUAUAUGACUUUAAUAGCAUAUGCUAUCAGAUACUUUGGUUACUCAUUUGUUUACAACCCUUGGCUUAUCCUUCCCGUUCAACUUCUUCAUGGUAUAACAUAUGGUCUCUCGUGGCCCAUGUUUACAGCAUUCGCCAAUAAAACAGCGCCUAAAGGGAUGGCCAGCACCCUUCAAUCAAUAGUUGCCUGUUGCUUCAUGGGUUUUGGUGCUGGAGUUGGUAAUGCUGUGGGUGGUAUCAUCUAUGAAAACUAUGGUGCGAGGCUACUGUUCAGGUGUACCGGGACUCUCUGUCUUUUGACACUUGUCAUCUUUUUCUUCAUCACCGUUUUUGUCAUGAGACGAAAAAAGAAAGAGGAGGAGGCAGACGUGGAUGAAGAACCGGAGAAAUGCAAAAUGAAGGAUGCCCCCUGUGACGCCCCAAUUUGGGAGGAUAUCGAGAGAAGUGAAAAGGAAUGUAGUACGGAUCAGGAUCAAGAUAAUGUUUGACAAAAUAAUAUUAAUCCUGAUAUUCAUUCAGUGAACAUAAUAUUGGAAGAAAGUAUUGUUCUUCGCAGGCAUUUUACGAUAGCUACCAAGGAUUUGGAACGAUGUAUUGAUAAAUUAAUAUGCAGUAAGAUGUCGUCGUUGAUCGUUGACAUACAAGCAUAAUAUUAAUUGCCCGGAAAUGACGCCUACACUCUCCACGACGUUGGACGGACGUUAAUUGAUAGCUGUUUGUUCCAAAUAAUAUUUAUCAUCAGAUCAUACAUUGUUGAAAUGCACUUCCCGCGGUAAAUUGCUUAAAAUAGAAAUGAAAAGUUCUUCUUAAAGGACUACUGAUCAAAAAGAGAUGUUUAAAGACUUAUUCUGUCAAAUACUGCAUUUCAUGAGCGCAUUAACACGAAUCGUGAAGUUAUAAAGUAACUGUUAACACAUCUAGCAUACGUGGUCAGCGUGGUGCAAUAACUGGGGGGGGGGGGGGGGGUAUUGUGCAUACUUGGCAAGGUUCAGUAGAGACAAAAUAAUAAAUUGUUAUUAUUAUAUUAUAAGAAGUAGCCUUUUAUAUUUUAUUGUCUGAAAUCGAAAUCCUCCGAAAAUUCAUUAUGCCCAAAUGAUGGUGGGCCCGGCAGCCACUAUGUAAUUCUAUCUCUAAAUCCUAACAAGGCCGCGCUUUUUUGGGGUGUUAUGACCGGGGGUGUUGAUUUGACCCCCUUGAGAUCUCGGCCGCCGAUCCGCGUGAACGCCAUGAAAACUGGCAUGAUAGUAUGGGAUGUGAUUUGCAAGGCUGUAUGGUUAAUUUUCCGAAAUGAUAAGAUUUUUUUUAAUAUGAAUUACGUUAUGCUUACACUUUUUCCUCUAUUCACUAAGAAAGCUCCUAUAAUGCUAAUUUUUUGGUGUUGAUAUUUGUAUAAUGUCUAACAAUUACAAAGGAAAAAAAAAGAACUUAUGUAUUUCGUUGUUUUCUGAAUUUCUUAUGUAUAUUUAUUUGUUUUUCGACCUUUUGUUUUUCUUUGUUUUUUCGCCAAAUUUAUAGCAGAAACCUUUUGAAGCAUAAUUAUGUUAAAAUCAAUUAAUUUCAGCCAAUGAAAGUAAAAAUAGUCAUCUUUAUGAAUAAGAUUUAAAAAAAAACUAAUUUACAUUGACUUUGUACACAAAAUCACGUUUUUGAAGCAAUUUGGGGUCUGACGUGGACUUCUGGAUCUGAAUGGGUGAUGUACAAACGCCUGGUGUGGCAAUCCCAUACACUAACGUAAUGUUGCGUAAUUUUUCAAUCGCAUACCCGGGCAUCAUUAUUAAUUGGUCUCAAAGAUGCGCAAGACUUGGAAGUAUAAAGUAAGCGAGCGGCGCGGUCGACAAAUUUCGCGCAGCGGAAUGGCCGCGGAAAAUGUCGAGGGGGGGGGGGGUGAUUCAACUCCCCACCGGCGGUUUUAGGGUUAAAUCGCCGAACGACAAAUACCCUUCUUUUUAACGUCUUUGGUCUGACGCACCCGGCUUGAGCUCCCGAUUUCGGUUGUAAGGUGGACGCUCUAUACUUAUUGUGCCAACACACCGGCAUGCCGCGGCAGUAGUAUAGAUUAUUAUUAUUAUUAUUUACUGCUACUACUACUCCUACUACUAGUAAUAAUGAUAACCAAUCAAUCAUUGGAGCUCAUAUUGCGUCACCAGCUGACGAUAUACUUUUAACUGAAUUUAACGAAAUAGAAUUUGUUUGAAGACGAACAUUCCUAAUGUAAAAAUGGUAAUGUGUGCUACCAAGUGGAUAAAUGUAUUGUAUUAAAAUUAUUUCUGAAAG